AUGAAAAUUAUACAGAUAAUAAGAACUCUUCCUUUUAUAGGGGUAUGUGUAGGAACAAGUAUUUAUCAACAGACAGAGAGGUAUAAACAAUCAAUUGGCAAAGAAAUGGGUAAUUCUAAUGAUAGGGGAAUUUAUUAUGAAGAUAUAGAUAUGCACAACAAUGGAUAUUUAUCACAAAUAGAUAAUUCAACCAAGGCGUAUAUUAAUAAGCUUUUAUCGUAUGAAAUAGGUUUAUUUGAUCCGAUUGAAGAUGCCACAGAAAUAAGCAGUUAUAUGAAUAGCGCAUCAGACAGUGAGAGUGAGUCAGAUGCAAAAACUAUGUGUGUAUGCCAGGGAGGUUCAAGAUAUGUAACGGAAAACACUGUUGUAGAUAUACCAAGUAGAUUAAAUGUAAAUAACACAUGGAUCAGAAGAGAAGCAGAUGGAGAGAACAUUAAUUAUAGCAAAUCCAAAAUUAAGGACCGUGCUGUUGUAUUAGACAGUGCAAGUAGUACAGCAGAGAGCAAGGAAGAAGCAUAUUUAAAUAAUCACAAGAAAAAUUCACGGAAAUCUUUAAUUAUUAACUAUUUAAAGGACUUAAGCAGUAGAAAGCCAGCUGAAGGCCCGCAUAAAGAAAAGCCAUUGCGUAAGAAUUUCAAGACCUUAGAAAACAUUUCAAAGGAUGAGCAUUAUUUAUCAGAGAAAUCAAGUAAACAGAGCAAAUCAACAGAGAAUAUCAGUAAGAAAGAAGACAGUCCAACAGAGAAUAUCAGUAAAAAAGAAGACAGUCCAAUAGAGAAUAUCAGUAAGAAAGAAGGCAGUUCAACAGAGAAUGUCAGUAAGAAAGAAGACAGUUCAACAGAGAACAUUUCACAUGUACGGCACAGUAAAUCAACAGAGAAUGUCAAUAAGCGAGAGAACAGUUUAACAGAGAACAUUUCACAUGUACGACAUAGUAAAUCAACAGAGAAUGUCAGUAAGAAAGAAGACAAGCCAGCCGAGUGUGAAAAAGAUUUAGUAUUCAAUAUUAAAUCAUUUAUUAGGUACGGUGGGAUUAAUCAAAGUGAAGUAUUUGAUGCUCUAUCAGAAGAUAUUGACUUUUGGAAUUUAUCAGAGGAUGGGCAUAAAACACUAGCAAACACAAAAAUUAAUAAUAUAUUCUGUCCUGUACUAAACAGGGUGAAAUCAACAGGAUUUUCAGAUGUUCAUCCGUGCCCAUCAACUGAACCAAUUCCCACGGACUUAAGUGCACUGAGAGGAGAUUUUUUUAAGAAGGAUAUUCUUAAUAAUAAAUCUGUCUUUUCUCAAUUAAAUGCAAUUGAGUACAUGUAUGACGAUUUAGUGUCUGAUAUAAAAACAAUACUAAAUAUAUUUAAAAUGAAAGACCUAUCAGAUAUAAUCAUAGACAAAGUGUUUAGUGAACAAUCUCCAUUAAGUAUGCAAUUAGACAUAAAGUUAUUAGAAAAUCUUUCACAGGAAGUUGUAGACAAUUCUUCAUUAUACGAUGUGUACUAUAAGUAUACAAAGACUAAGAUAGGAAGGUUUGAUAGUCCAGAAAUACUUGAGAGGAGGGAUAAGAUUAUACACGACUACUACUGUUUAAAGUAUAUUAUGACGAACUGUGUUGAGGGUGUAACUUCUACUUCCAGACUAAGCACAACAGGCCUUAGACUACAGUAUCAUAGGCACUUAUGGAUUUGUCUAUACAACUAUUUUGAUUUAAUUGAGGAUAUAUUACAGUACAGAGUAUGCAAUAAAGCCUCUGAUGCUCCCAAAUUACUCUCAAGGAUAGUUAAGUACUGCAUAUCCUACGCUGGAAUUAUUUCACUUGAAAAAACUCCAAGCACAUUUGCACAGUUUGAGAAUUUACUUAAUCUUACAUUCUAUGUGAUAAGGUCAAACAAUCCCACUUUAUGCGAUAUUUACACCAAGGAAAUAGAAAGGGUCUUAAACAACUUAAAUCUAGAUAGGUGCGUAUUAAAGGACAAAGAGGACAAAGACCAUUUAUUAAGUGAAAAAAUAAUUAUAACAAGUAUACAGAACGAAUCUUCAGAGACAAACAAGUCCGUACUCUCUAAUGAAAAUGUAUUUUUUAGGUAUCCAUUUCCAUAUCCUGCGCAUGCUGGGGAAAACCAUCCACUUUUCGGGCUUAUAGGCAUUCCGUAUACAGUCCACGUACAGAGUGCAUCUAUAAUUGAGUCUGUUGUAUCCACGUCUAUUAAUGUAUUUAUAAUGGAGUUUAUUACGCUUAACUGCAAAGUAUGGCUCCCUGAUUUAUGCCACGGAAUUGUAUCAAAAGUGUCUCCGUAUAGGAAUAUGAUUGUAGGUCUAAACAAGCUAUCCGGCGAGUGUCUUUUAAUGAAGAUCAAUCUACUGACUAAAUAUAGUUCCAUAAUAGGAAGAAGUAUCUCACUAGCUGAGAUGAAAGAGUUAGUGAAUAAGAAUUCUUCCAAGACGAUGGAUUUACCACAGGAAGUAUCUCCACAUUUAUACGACAAGUACAAAAUGUUUUUACUGUGGUAUAACCCAAAGGAGCACAAAGCAUUACACAAAUGCUUCAAGAAGGCGAUUAAGAAGAUGUCCGUGCAUGCAUGCAAUAUCACAUUAAUUUCAUUCAGUAUAGGAUUUGGUCUAAAUAAUAUACAGAAACUAAUACAUAAUCAUAAUAAAUCAAGAGAGUCACUUGAAAAUUUCGAAAUGGAUGUAAUAAGUCUAGCAGAGAGUGUAUCCUCUGAAUUAAGUGAAGCCAAUCCCAGUAUAAAAAAUGAUUCAUCAGACAAAUUUAAUAAAAUACUCUUUAGAGGCCCACUGAAUAAGCCUAUUACAAUAGACCACAACUCUAGUGAAGGAUCCACAGAAUCAGGCGAUCUCUACGGCAUUGGAGGAGACAGUGUAUGGAAGAGGUUUUUGGGAGAAAACUAUCUAAGCGAAUGGCCCAAGUCUCCUACACCCACUCCAGAAGACAAAGGGGUUGAUACUGUAGAUACAGCAGGUGUAUCCAAGGAGGACUCUAAUAAUCCACAAGGUACUUCUGGUGAUGGUAGUUCUUGUAUACUAAACCCCGGAAAUACAACUGAAAUAAAAGAAGAUUCACCAAGUAAAGGGUUCUCCCCUGCAAGCACCAAGAAGAGUCUUAAUCCACCCACCCCUCCCUCAGAAGAAGACCAUUCUAAGCUUAUCAUGGAGAGAAACAAGCACUUUCAAGAUGCAAUCCAUACGAUUAUUACAGACAAUUAUUUCACUUCAUUCUCACUGCACAUGAUCAUAUGCAAUGUCUGCUGUAAAGAGAGUGGAGAGGUAAACAAAGAAUGUGAGUUUAAAGAAAUCAAAGAAAUCAUCAAAGAAACCGUCACAUUAUCACAUACACAGCUGCACCAGUUCCAGAAGUCCAUGUACGACACAAAUCCAUCAGUAAAUGUACUUUCAUCGUCUAAUUCAUGGAAUUAUUUCGAUAAGUUCAAGUCGUAUACUAAGUGCAUUAAGCCCAUAAUACUAUCAAAGAAGAACCAAUUAACCCGGUAUACUUACAGGCGUACCAUGAACAAUUAACA